CUUCCCUCCCUUUCCCUUCCCUCGCCAACCACUCGCUGUCUCCGAGGUGCAGGCAGAGGGCGCCUCAGCCAUGCCCGCUCCCUGCGGUCGCUGUUGCCGCCGCCGCCGCUCCUGCUCCGCUCCACGCGCUGAAGAGGCUCCCGCUGCCCGGCCCCUGCCGCUGCCCCUGGCAGACGCCCGGGGGAGCCCGGAGGAGGCGAAAGCGCGCCGCUGCCCCUCUCCGGCCCCGCUCCUCGCCGGCAUCGCGUCCCCCCAGGGGGGCUGCUGACCGCGGAGGAAGCCUUCUCUCCCCCCCCCCCGCCCCAUUGGCUCGGGCACUCCCGCAGCCUCCCUGCGCUCCCGAGGGCGCCCCGCUCGGAUGUCCGGUUUCCUGGUGCUUUUCUGUGCUCUUUCACACACCGAUUCCUUCUUCACCUGACAGCCCCCGAGUCAACUUGCGGGCGAGCGGAGGGGAGGGCAGGGAGGGACCUGCGGCGCCUCCGUCUCGGGGCAGUUCCUGCCGUGAGUGGCCGGGGCUUGAGGGAGCCCCGCCGCGGCGCCCGCACCGGCCGCCGUCUCCCUCCACCCCGCCCGCCCCGCCGCCCUCUCUGCACAAUGCACUUGCUGGGAUUCUGCUCUCUGCGUUGCUAUCUGGCCGCCGCCGCCGUGAUGCUGCUGGGACCCCGCGAGCCGGCCACCGCCGCCGCCUACGAGUCCGGGCAGGGCUACUACGAGGAGGAGCCCGAGCUGGGGGAGGCGAAGCAGAUUUAUGCAAGCAAAGAGCUGGAAGAACAGUUGCGAUCUGUAUCCAGUGUGGAUGAACUCAUGACAGUACUUUAUCCAGAAUACUGGAAAAUGUUCAAAUGUCAGUUAAGAAAAGGGAGCUGGCAACAUAAUAGGGAACAGUCCAGCUUCGAUGCAAGAUCAGAAGAUUCAAAUCCAAUAAAAUUUGCUGCAGCACAUUAUAAUGCAGAGAUCUUGAAAAGUAUUGAUAAUGAGUGGAGAAAAACUCAAUGCAUGCCACGUGAGGUAUGUGUAGAUGUGGGGAAAGAAUUUGGAGCAACAACAAACACCUUCUUUAAACCUCCAUGUGUGUCCAUCUACAGAUGUGGAGGUUGCUGCAAUAGCGAGGGCCUGCAGUGUAUGAAUAUCAGCACAAGCUACAUCAGCAAAACGUUGUUUGAAAUAACCGUGCCACUCUCUCAUGGCCCAAAACCCGUAACAAUCAGUUUUGCCAAUCAUACAUCCUGCCGAUGCAUGUCUAAACUGGAUGUCUACAGGCAAGUUCAUGCCAUCAUUAGACGCUCCUUGCCAGUGACACAACCACUGUGUCAUGUGUCAAACAAAACUUGUCCAAAAAGCUAUAUCUGGAAUAACCACGUUUGCAGAUGUCUGGCACAACAUGACUUCAGUUUCUCUUCCUACCUUGGUGAUACAGACACUACCGAAGGAUUCCAUGACAUCUGUGGACCUAACAAAGAGCUUGAUGAAGAAACAUGUCAGUGUGUCUGCAAAGGAGGCGUGAGACCUUCCAGCUGUGGAGCCCACAAAGAAUUAGACAGAACAUCCUGCCAGUGCACAUGUAAAAAUAAGCUGCUGCCUAGCUCAUGUGGACCCAACAAGGAUUUUGAUGAAGAAAGAUGUCACUGUGUAUGUAAAAAGACAUGCCCUAAACAUCAGCCACUAAAUCCUGCAAAGUGUAUCUGUGAAUGUGUAGAAUCUCCAAACAAAUGCUUCUUGAAAGGAAAAAGAUUUCACCAGCAAACGUGCAGUUGCUACAGACCACCAUGUACAGUCCGAACAAAACGUUGUGAGUCUGGAUUUUAUUACAGUGAAGAAGUGUGCCGUUGUGUUCCCAUAUAUUGGAAAAGACCGCUUAUCAAUUAGUGAGGAAACUAUCAUCUGAUAUUUUGGUGUAAAAUUUUCCUUUUUUAAAAAAAGACUUCUAACAUUUUGAACUUGCUGUGCACCAGAGACACUAUGGGCUUGUAAGAGACAGACUUAUUUGUGCUCUUCCUGAGACCCACGAAAAGCAAAUGUAGGAAAAAAUGGACCGUCUUCAUAUAAAGAAUUCACUAAGGACUUGAUUUUUGCCAGUGACCAAACAGCCUAGGUUUUUUCCCUUGUAAUUUUUUAAAAGAUAAUGACUAUAUAAUUUAUUUCCGUAAAAAUAUUGUUCUGCAUUCCUGUUUAUAGCAGUAACAAUUGUUAAAUUUCACGGUGAUCAAUAUUUUUAUAUCAUGCAAAAUACGUUUAAAAUAAAAUGAAAUUGU